UUUGCUGGUCGACUCGUGGGUUAACUUGCGCUUGGGAUCCAGCACCAUGGCGUCUGGUUGCAAGAUUGGACCAUCUAUCCUCAACAGUGACCUGGCCAGUUUAGGUGCCGAAUGCCUGCGGAUGCUGGACUCUGGGGCCGAUUAUCUGCACCUGGAUGUAAUGGACGGGCAUUUUGUUCCCAACAUCACCUUUGGUCACCCUGUGGUAGAAAGCCUCCGAAAGCAGCUAGGCCAGGACCCUUUCUUUGAUAUGCAUAUGAUGGUAUCCAGACCAGAACAAUGGGUAAAACCAAUGGCUGUUGCAGGAGCCAAUCAAUAUACCUUUCAUCUGGAGGCCACUGAGAACCCGGGGGCUUUGAUUAAAGACAUUCGGGAGAAUGGGAUGAAGGUUGGCCUUGCCAUCAAACCAGGAACCACAGUAGAGUAUUUGGCACCAUGGGCUAAUCAGAUAGAUAUGGCCCUGGUUAUGACAGUAGAGCCUGGGUUUGGAGGGCAGAAGUUCAUGGAAGAUAUGAUGCCAAAGGUGCACUGGUUGAGGACACAGUUUCCAUCUUUGGACAUAGAGGUAGAUGGUGGAGUAGGUCCUGACACUAUCCAUAGAUGUGCGGAGGCAGGGGCUAACAUGAUUGUGUCUGGUAGUGCCAUUAUGAAGAGUGAAGACCCCAGAUCUGUGAUCAACAUGUUAAGAAAUGUUUGCUCAGAAGCUGCUCAGAAGCGUUCUCUUGAUCGAUGAAACCAUAAAAAGUUCACUUGCUUCUUCUGCUGAGAUCUCCUUUCUAUUGGAAAAUAAGAAUAUUGACUACCAAAUCAUAAUCACAAGGCAUUGCUGCUUUUCUGAGCAAUUAUUCAUUCCCGUGACUAAAAUCUAUUCUACUGAAUGCUCCAAGAGGUCAGAAAUUGGUCUGUUUAACUACAUUUUUAGUGAUGGAAUUUGAAGAUUAAUGUGAUAAAGUUCUCAUUUUUACUGGGAGACAUGUUUUCUAUAAAGAAUGAAAAUAUAGUUGUAUUGAGGUUAUAAGCAAAUGUGUCUUAAUGACUAAGGCCAGCAUAUCAGCUAUUAUUAAAAAAAAAAAAGGGG